CUGACUGUGUUGCUUUAUCUUGCACUCAUCAAAGUGAUGAAUUUGAAAUUUGAUUGCUGAUUUCAUUUCUACAGCUGAUGACUUCUGCCUUAGGAUAUGCCUCAGGUUGCAUGCAUUUCAAUGGAUUACAGCUCUGAAGAGGCUCCAGAGAUAAGCUAUUCCAAUAUAGAUGACUAUGAGACCAAAUUAUACCAACUUUUAAAGUCAGGAAAGUUUAAAGUAAAAAAUGAAGACAACACUUUCAGAUGUCCUUUCUGUGUGGGAAGAAAGAAACAAGACUACCGUCACAAUGAACUGCUUCAACAUGCGACAGGAGUGGGUGCAUCUAAUCGAGAAGCAAAAGUGAAGGCAAAUCAUCGAGCAUUAGCAAAACUCUUGAAAGAUGACCUUGCUGAUGCAGCAGGCCCACUGAAGCAACUAAUUUCAAUAGAGCAGGACUCUACUUCAAAGCCCAAGCAAGAUCAGUUUGUUUGGCCCUGGAUGGGUAUCCUUGUCAAUGUUCCAACUGAAUGGAAAAAUGGCAAACAAGUUGGUGAGAGUGGAAACAGGUUAAAAGAGCAGUUAUCUAGAUUUAAUCCAUUAAAAGUCAUUCCUUUAUGGAAUUACAGAGGUCAUACAGGAAAUGCAAUAGUGGAUUUCAGCAAGGACUGGGGUGGGUUGAAGGAUGCUAUGUCAUUUGAAAAUUACUUUGAUGCUAACCAUUUUGGUAAAAAGGAUUGGUGUGAAACGAAAGAUCCUGGAUCUGAUAUUUAUGGAUGGGUUGCACGGGCUGAUGAUUAUAAUUCGAAGGGUCCAGUUGGAGAGCAUUUGCGCAAAAAUGGAGAUCUAAAAACUGUAACUGAUCUUUCAAAGGAGGAGUCACGUAAAACAGAUAAACUUGUGGCAAAUCUGGCGAACCAGAUUGAGGUCAAGAACAAACAUUUACAAGAACUGGAGUGCAAGUACAAUGAGAGUAAUAUGUCCCUUGAUAAGAUGAUGGAAGAGAGAGAUCAAUUACUUCAAUUUUAUAAUGAAGAAAUACGAAAGAUGCAGUGUCUUGCUCGGGAACAUUCACGCAGGAUUUUCGAGGAGAAUGCAACACUGAAGGCACAAUUGGAUGCUAAACAAAGAGAGCUUGAUUUGAGAUCUGAUCAAUUAGAUAAACUGGUUGCACAAAAUGACAUUGAGAGGAUGAAACUGAAUGAUGAGAAACAAAAGAAUGCAAUAAAGAACAGCUCGCUUCAAAUGGCAUCCAUGGAGCAGAAAAAGGCUGAUGAAAAUGUCCUAAGGCUUAUUGAAGAACAGAAGAGAGAAAAAGAGGCUGCUCUCAAGAAAAUUAUUCAAUUAGAAAAGCAGCUGGAUGCGAAACAAAAACUGGAAUUGGAAAUACAACAGUUGACAGGUAAAUUACAGGUGAUGAGGCAUAUGGGGGGUGAAGAUGACUCAGCAGUCAAGCAAAAGAUGGAAGAAAUGAGUGAAGAGUUGAAAGAGAAAAUCGAAGAAAUGGAAAGUCUGGAAGCUCUUAAUCAAGCUCUUGUGGUCAAAGAACGUAUGAGCAAUGAUGAACUGCAGGAAGCUCGGACUGAAUUGAUUAGAGGCUUAAAGGAAAUCUUGGGGAAGAAAUCUGAUAUUGGAAUCAAGAGAAUGGGUGAACUUGAUGAUAAGGCAUUUCAAAGUGCAUGCAAGCGAAAAUUUGCAGAAGAUGAUGCUGAUAUCAAAGCUGCAGUGUUUUGCUCUGAGUGGCAAGAAUACUUGAAGGACCCAAAUUGGCAUCCUUAUAAAAUUGUUACCAUUGAUGGAAAGACUCAGGAAGUGAUAAAUGAGGAUGACGAGAAACUGCUAGCCUUGAUGGAGCUGCUGGAUGAAGAAGCCUAUGAGGCUGUUACAACUGCCUUGUUGGAAAUAAAUGAGUACAAUCCUAGUGGCAGAUAUGUCAUUCCAGAGCUCUGGAACUAUAAGGAGGGACGAAAAGCAACAUUGAAAGAGGUUGUACAAUUUGUAUUGAAUAAAUGGAAGACUCACAAGCGCAAGCGGUGAAAGCCCAAGGGAAAGGAAUUAUGGAAGGUUUGUGCUGCGUUGAGGAUGGAGAGCUUCUACGAUUUCCCAUGAUGCAGGCAAGUGACCUUGCUGCUUUUGUUCCCAGAUCGAUGAUUUAUGGUAUCUUGCAUAAAGGUAACAAUGUGGAUAACCAUAUAGUCAUCACUAGUACUGGCACCCCGUUUCGGGCCUUUCGGCUCUGGAAACUCUUUUUUUCUCUCAUUCUCUUUCUCUGGUCAUGCUUAAUAAACUCUCCUUUUCACCAGAAGCACACAUUGCUGAUGGCAUAAAAAUUGCAGGAGAUAAUUUGUGAAAACAAUUUUAGAUCUGGUAAUCUUUUCACAUUAUUAUUUUCA